GAAUUUCAUGUUAAAUACAAAUAAUAACAGAAGGAAUAUUUUUCUUUUGAAUAUCUAACCUCUAUCAUUGCACCAAACAGGUUUUUAUAAAAUUGUGUUUAAUAUGGACGAUGAAAGUGUUAAUAGGAUUACUGUCAAGUUUCUGAGUCCGAAUCCGAUGUUUGAAGAAUGGUUAACAAUAUGGAGAGAUGAAGCUGCAGGUAGAGAUUCAAAGAUGCAAUACUGCUUCAAUACAGCUUUACAAUCUAUUAAAAAGUAUCCCCUGCCACUAGAAUCAGGACGAGACUGUAAAAUUCUAAAGGGAUUCGGUGAUAAAUUAUGUCAAAUGUUGGAUGACAAAUUGCAAAAUUAUAACAGCCAACCAAUGAAUAAUUCCAACUUUGGAAGGAGGCAAUUUUUGAAUGAAAAUUGCACACAAAAAAAUAUAUCUGAAGGAAAGAAACUUACACCAGUAACUUACAUUCCACAAUAUAAAUCGGGGGCCUAUGCAAUUUUAAUUACACUUUACCAAAAAAGUCAAGAAAACAAAUAUAAGGGAUAUUUAACAAAAAAUGAAAUUAUAAAACAUGGAAAAGCCUUAUGCAAUACUUCCUUCACUAAAACUCAGCCUGGUUCCUUUUAUACUGCCUGGUCCUCCAUGCAACAGCUGUUUGCUAAAGAACUAGUAUAUAAGCAUAGCAACCCUGCAAAAUUUUCCUUAACAAAUAGCGGAAUUGCAUUGGCAAGAGUAUUAUAUGAAAAAUCAUCACAGCAGGAUCAUGUACAAACAAAAACAAAAUAUGCAGGUAUUAUUGACACAUUUACAGAAAGUGGAAAUCAUGCCAGUGCUGUUGGAAAUAAAUGCCAUUCUGCAUUAAAUACUGAACAAUCUUUUGCCUCUCUUUCUGAAAAUUUGUCACAGAAAAGGAAUAUAAGACAUGAAGCAAAUCAAAAAUUAGCGAAGUUUGCCUCAGAAAACUUAAAUUUGGUUUCAAAAAAGUCAGUGAUGGAACUAAAGUCUUCGGAAAAUUCAAGUCCCCAGACUUCAUCAACUUCAAUAUUUGAAUGUUUUAUCAUGCCACCUAAUAGUUUUGACAUUAUUCUUUAUGUGGAUAAUUGUGAAACCUCAAGCCGAAACAUGGAAGAAAUACAGUUCGGUCUGAGAUCUGAGAAUAUAAAGUUUGAAGUAAAAGAUUUGAAAGUGGGUGAUUAUGUUUGGAUCUGCAGAGAUAGAUGUGCUGACAAAGAACUAAUUUUGCCAUAUAUUAUUGAAAGAAAGAGAAUGGAUGAUCUAGCUUCCAGUAUUAAAGAUGGUCGAUAUUAUGAGCAAAAAUUUAGAUUGAAGAAAAGUGGUAUCGAGAACCUUACUUAUCUCAUUGAAAGCUAUGGUAAAAAUUGUCACUUGGGUCUUCCAUUAACUAGUUUAUAUCAGGCAGCUACAAAUACAGCCUUGCAAGAUAAUUUUUUUGUCCAGUUCUCCGACAAUAUUAAAGAUACCACACAGUACUUGGCAAAUAUGUCUAGGUUUUUGAUAAAAUUGUAUAAGUCUAAAACUUUAGUAAGUUGUCUCAAGCAAGAUCUUAAACCUGUGGAUUUAAAUGAGGAUUUAACAUAUUUAAUGGAAUUUAAAGAAUUCAACAAAAGUUCAAUAAAAAGCAAGAAACUAAAAGUAAAGGAUCUAUUUGUUAAAAUGCUUAUUCAAAUCAAAGGAUUAUCAGUGGACAGGGCAUUAGCAAUAGUUGAAAUGUAUCCAACUGUCUACACAUUACAUAAAGCAUACCAGGUAACCCCAGAGAAUAAAAGAGAGAAACUGCUGUGCAACAUAAAAUAUGGAAAGCACGGUAAAACCAUUGGUCCAGUUUUGAGUAAAAUCAUUUACCAAUUUUUUAAUAAACAAGGCUAUUAA